CCCGAAGGCACAGAACAUAAGUGGCAACACUGAUAGCGCUAAAAUUUGUAAUAAUAACUAAAAAUUUUACUUUACAUAAAACUAUAAGAUUUAAUUAAGUGUAAACUAUGAAUUCGUCAAUUGAUCAAGAAAACGAUACCAUGAGCAGCCAGCAGUCACGGCAGCGGAUAACAACUUACCGUACACUUCUUACAAAAGUUGAAGAAAUAGAAGAGGAAAAUGAAUUAGGUGUAAAAACCGUCAAUGAAGUUGGUAAUAUUAUAAGGCAAUUAAAUGCCUUGGAUUCACAACUUGAAAUCAAAGAUCGAGUACAAUAUUCUGAAGAAAUUUUUUUGGAUUGCAUGGUUCUGUCUUCUGCAAGUACAAUUUUAAAGAAAUGUGUUGAGAAUGUUGAUGUUUUUACAUCUACCUAUGAACCUACAGAAUUUACAGAAAAACUUAAUGAAGAAAUUUCCAAUGAAAAUGAGGAAGUGCAGCCAUUGGAUAUAUUAAAACUUCUAAAAUAUGCCAGAGAUGUAAUUCCAGAAGUUCCAAAGAUAAAUAAUGUUUUUGGAACAUAUGAAUUUAAUAAAGCACCUGUAGUAAAACAGAAAAAAGAAAGAGUGAAAGUACAAAAAGAACCUUUGGUUAGAAAACAGCCAGAAAAAUUGACAAAUGUAGACAGAGAGGAAAAAAAUAUUGAACAAAUUGUUAAUUUGUUGUAUAAUGUUCUUAAAGAAGAAUUUAUUAAUAAUAAACAAGAACCUAUAAAAUAUUAUGACUACGUUAUAGACACGCAAAGUUUUUCUGAUACUGUGGAGAAUAUGUUUUAUUGUUCUUUUUUGAUUAGAAAUGGAAAAGCACAGUUAGAUUUAGAUAAACAUGGCAAUCCAUUAAUAAAACCCAUAGGAAAAUCGGCAGCUAAAGAAUAUCGACAGAAUGGUGGAGCUAAUUCGCAAGUCAUUACCACAAUUAGUAUUGAAGAGUGGAAGAAAUUUAACAAAGCUGGCUUUCUACAGAAAAAUAAGAAGAAAUAAUGUAACAUUUAUGUUUUUUAUAUAAUAUAGCAAUAAUAGGAUUAUGUUGUUUGUUACCAAGAUAUUUUUAAGUUUAAUAAAUUC